GCGCGCGCAGGUCGGUGCGUCAGUCGGGGGCGCGCUCGGGUAACCUGUACCCCCACGUAGUCGCCGGUUACCGAUCGGACUAAGUUCCAGUGGUGAUUUGCAAGUCAAGCUAAAAUGUCCCCAGAAGUGGCCUUGAACCGAAUUUCUCCAAUGCUCUCCCCAUUCAUAUCUAGUGUGGUCCGCAAUGGAAAAGUGGGACUGGAUGCUACGAACUGUUUGAGGAUAACUGACUUGAAGUCUGGCUGCACAUCAUUGACUCCUGGACCCAACUGUGACCGAUUUAAACUGCACAUACCAUAUGCUGGAGAGACAUUAAAAUGGGAUAUCAUUUUCAAUGCCCAAUACCCAGAGCUGCCCCCUGAUUUCAUCUUUGGAGAAGAUGCUGAAUUCCUGCCAGAUCCCUCGGCUCUGCAUAACCUUGCCUCCUGGAACCCUUCAAACCCUGAAUGUCUGUUGCUUGUGGUGAAGGAGCUCGUGCAGCAGUACCACCAGUUCCAGUGCGGCCGCCUCCGGGAGAGCUCCCGCCUCCUGUUUGAGUACCAGACGCUACUGGAAGAGCCGCAGUACGGAGAGAACAUGGAAAUUUACGCUGGGAAGAAGAACAACUGGACUGGUGAAUUUUCAGCUCGUUUCCUUUUGAAGUUGCCAGUGGAUUUCAGCAAUAUUCCCACAUACCUUCUCAAGGAUGUAAAUGAAGACCCUGGAGAAGAUGUGGCCCUCCUUUCUGUCAGUUUUGAGGACACCGAAGCCACUCAGGUGUAUCCCAAGCUGUACUUGUCACCCCGAAUUGAACAUGCCCUUGGAGGCUCCUCAGCUCUGCAUAUCCCAGCCUUUCCCGGAGGAGGAUGUCUCAUUGAUUAUGUGCCGCAAGUGUGCCACCUACUCACCAACAAGGUGCAGUAUGUGAUUCAGGGGUACCACAAAAGAAGGGAGUAUAUUGCUGCUUUCCUCAGUCACUUCGGCACAGGUGUCGUGGAAUAUGAUGCAGAAGGCUUUACAAAACUCACUCUGCUGCUGAUGUGGAGAGAUUUCUGUUUUCUUGUGCACAUCGACCUGCCCCUGUUUUUCCCUCGAGACCAGCCAACUCUCACAUUCCAGUCCGUCUAUCACUUUACCAACAGUGGACAGCUUUAUUCCCAGGCCCAAAAAAAUUAUCCAUACAGCCCGAGAUGGGAUGGAAAUGAGAUGGCCAAAAGAGCAAAGGCUUAUUUCAAAACCUUUGUCCCUCAGUUCCAGGAGGCAGCGUUUGCCAAUGGAAAGCUCUAGGAAACACCAGUCUUGAGAGGUGGCCAGCCAGACUGCUGUGUCCACAUGCGGGUCAGCACAUAUGGCCGCUUCCUGGAAGCCACUUGGAACGCCUUCAUGGUAGCGUUCUGCACACACAGCAGCUUUGCAUGCCCCGCCUGGAGCCUAGACUGAAGCGGGCUGGCGCUAACCUGGACCCUCGAGCCCCCACGGCUGGUCGCUCCCUCUUUGUUUCCUUCGGUAUACUUCUUAGUUGGAAGAAAUAAAAUCAAAUUCUGAC